AUGGUAUAUAUAGAUAAUUCGUAAAUUUUAUAUGUAUUAGUAAAUACAUAUAUUACAAUAUUGUUCAUAUUCCUUCUUCUUCCUACCUUGUCAAUUCCAUCAAAACCCAAGCUUCAAACUCGCAAGGAUUACUUGUACGUACCUUCAAAAGAAAUUAUAUAUAUAUAAAAAAAAAAAAAACAAAACAAACAGGCCAAAUUCCAUCCAUUUUUCCCAUGAUAUAUAUAUCUACAGAAAGCUAGGCUUCAUUCUCAACCCUCUUCACUUGUUCACCACUUUCCAUUUGCAUUCUCAUCGACAUUAGUUGAGGCUCAAAUUCAGACUCAAACAUGAAUUUGCAUGAAUUGGGUGGUGGGGGAAGCUUUUCGGAAUCUUACAACUUACUUCAAGAGAUUUUGGCCACAUCUUCCAAAGAUCAACAUCUUCAGGCUGCUUUGUUUGAUCAGAGUAUGUCAAUGGCUGAGGCUAAAGCAGUUGCAGCCAACAAAAGCCACAGUGAAGCUGAAAGGAGGAGGAGGAAACGCAUCAAUGGCCACCUUGCCACCCUUCGUAAUCUUGUUCCCAAAACCAUCAAAGCAGACAAGGCAUCACUGUUAGCAGAAGUGGUCCGGUGCAUAAGAGAACUCAAGAAAACGACCCAAGAGUUCUCCUCCUCCUCCUCCUCCUCGUCGGGUGCAGACGACACGUCAUCAUCAUCAACAACAAUAUUAAUGGACCAACUUUUGUUCCCUGGAGAAACCGAUGAACUCCAAAUCUGGCAUGAUCAUUCGAAUCCCGGGAUCAUAAAGGCCAGUUUAUGCUGCGAGGACAGACCCCAGAUGAUGACCGAGUUAACAAAGGCAUUGAAACAAACAGCUGCAAUAAUUCAGGUGGUAAGGGCUGAAAUGGCAACCGUUGGUGGAAGAACAAAAACUGUCUUGUGGCUCCAAGUUUCAGCAGAAGAUGAAGGAAUGGUAUUGGCGACAAUUAGGAAAGCAAUCAAAGGGGUUCUGGACAACAGAAUGAAUAAUAAUAAUAAUAAUAAGCCUGAAGGAGGAGGCCUCAUUCUGGGUGGGCAGAGCUUGUUGGGUAAUAAGCGGCCUCGUCCCUAUCACGCUUGAAUAUUUGUUUCCAAUGAUGAUGAUUGAUGAUAUGAUGUGAGUUUUCCAUUAUAAUUAGGGUUUUUUUUUUUGUCUUUUUCUUUCUUUUUUUUUUUUCCUGGAAAAGGAUGGCUGGGAAGAUUGGUCCUACAGUCAGCAAUCCUCAUGCUGGUGGGAUAUGGCGGGGGACCAAUAUUAUGUGUUUAUCUUUAUAUCUCAGGAUUUGAUUUAGUAAAAAAUGAUCAUUGUAUACAUGACGAAUGAUCUUCCUCGGAC